AUGAGAAGUGUCAAGAGUGCAAAUUCUAGAAGACCUUUGUCUACCAUUCCUAAAGCAUAAUCAUAAAUUAUGGAAAUAGGCUUGUCUCCACAGAUUAGAAGGUUCGUUCCUAGUAUGCAUAACCUUCUUGAAACUUUGUAUGCCAAGAAAUGUGAAGAAUUAAAGAUUCAGUUAUAACUAGAUCAAAUGGCAAGAUUUCAAGAAAAGGUUUUUAGUUAAUACUCAGGACAUACUAUAGAUUUAUCAGAAUUAUCUUUACCAGCCAAUUGCAUACCUUUAAUCAAUAAAGUUGUAAAAAAUAUUCCAUUUGUAAUACUUUCCCAAAAUCCACUUUAUGAUGGGAUUAGAAAUCUCUAACUUCCUAUGGUUAGUUUGACUUUAUGUAAUUGUGGAAUAGGUCCUAGAGGUUUUGCAGUUCUUUUUCAAACUCUUUCAAUAAAUCAAACACUCUAUAAUCUUAAUAUUGGUAAUCCCUUUUCUAAUGAGAGGAAUAGACUUGGAUUAGCUUUAAAUUAAUUAGCAGAAGCAUUGAAAAAAAAUAGAAUUUUAGCAAUUUUAGAUAUCAGCGGUUGUGGUAUUUAUGAUUUAAGAAAAUUAAACAGUGCUUUUGCAGAGAAUCGUAAUUUAUUACAUAUAAAUGUUUCUGAUAAUGAACUUAAGGAUGCUCUUAUCUUACCAUCUUAUUUAGAAAGAUUGGAAGCUUAAAAUAAUAUGUUUGGACAAUAAGUAGUAUAAAUAUGUGAAUAACUACGAUAAGGUUCUGAUUCAGUUCAUGCAAGAGAAAUAAAUCUUAAAAGAAAUAAAUUAACAAUACAUUAGUUAUUUGCUAUUUUAGAAUAAAUUGAAAGAAAUACACAUCUAAAUAAAUUGAUACUAGAUGAAAAUACAUUUAUAGGAGAGAACAAUAUUUGUAUAUGUAAUUAUCUUGUAUAUAAUAAUCAUCUUGAAUAUCUUUCUUUGAGAAAUUGUUCAUUAACCUAGAAUUUCAUUGAAUAAUUGGCAUCUGGAUUAUGUAGAAAUGGAAGUUUAAGAACUUUGGAUAUUAGUAAGAAUAUUAUUGGAGAUCAAGGAGCUUUAGCAUUAGUAUAAGGAUUUUAGGGUUCAUGUAAUCUAAAAUGUAUUAUUAUGAAAAGAUGUGGUUUAACUGAUUUAAGUGGAUUGGAAUUAUUUAAAAUAUUUCUAAAAUCUAAUAUUUAAGAAUAUGAUUUCUCAAAUAAUCUUAUGGGAGAUUAGACUGCUAUGUAUGCAAUUUAAUUGAUUAAAAAGAAUAAAGAUAUUAUAAAGAUGAGUUUUAAAAAGAAUCUUAAUUCAUAUGAAACAAACUAAUAAAUUGAGAAAUUAUUAAAUGAUAACAUUUAAGAUAGAAAAAGAAAUGUUAUUCCUCAUCUUCGUCAUAAAGUAUAAGGAAUGACUGAUUAUAGAGAAUAAUAGGAAUAUGUUGAUAAAAGAAGAGAAUAACUUUUUGUGAAAAAGACAUAAGCUGAAAAAGAUUUUAAAUUUGCUUAAUCUCAAGUAGUUUUAUGUUAAUAAGGAGCCAAAGAACGUACUUAAGCAGUUGAAGAAAGAUUAAUUAAAUUAAGAGAAGAGGCACAAUAAUUGACUACAUAAUAAUUGAAUUUAGAUAAAUUUCUUUGGAAUUAGAUUGCAGUAAUUGAAGAUGAAUAGAAACAAAUUGCUGACAAUAUUAAGAAUGAAAAUACUAUGAUUGUAAACUUAAAUAAACAAAUUUAAGAAACUUAAGUAUAAAUUUAUAUCAUUUAAGAGUAAAUAAAAAUCGAUAGUUUAAUAUUAUAAACAAUAGAUGGAAAAUCUAAGAUUAUAAGAUGGAAUUUCAAAAAGAAAAAUAGAUUAACUAUAAUAAGAAUAUAAUAGUAUUUUGGCAUAAUUAGAAUUUGUUAAAAAAUAACAGAAAAUAAAUAUUAAAAAAUGA